AUGGCAUCAAGCAUUCCACCUCCGGAGGAGAUGAAGCUAACCGGCGACAUCGCAAGUAACUGGGACAAUUUUCGAACUGAAUUUGAGGACUAUUCUUUGGCGUCAGAGUUAGCUGACAAAGAUGAGAAAGUGCAGGCUGCUACACUAAGACGAGUGAUGGGCAGUGAAUGCCGCCACGUUUAUAAGCACAACUUGACCCUAACCGCAGAGCAACAGGAAGACGUGAAAGCUAUUCUGGAUGCAUUAGAGAACUAUUUCAAGCCAAAAAGGAACGUGAUUUUUGAAAGAUACGUGUUUGGAAAUUGCAGGCAGGAUGACAGUGAGCCUAUUGAUUCAUUUGUUACAAGGUUGAGGGAGAAGGCUGCUUCGUGUGAUUAUGGAGAACUGAGAGAGGAGCUAAUAAGGGACCGGCUGGUCCUCGGCAUUAGCGAUGAAGGGGUGCGACGGCGUCUUCUUAGAGAGAAAGAUCUAACCCUGAGUUCGGCAAUAGACAUGUGCAGAGGUGCUGAAAUGACGGACAUAAAGUUAAAAAUGAUGACACCGGAUCGGCUCGUGGAGAGCGUAAACAUAACUUACAAGCGGCAGCAGCGGCCAACGCAGCGCUCGGACAGGCCCCAGUACAGCAUGCAGGGAACGGGCAACGACAUCACUUGCAAAUAUUGUGGUGGCUCACAUAAGCGGGGACGUGAUGCAUGCCCUGCAUUUGGGAAAGCGUGCCGCCGGUGUGGGACACAAAACCAUUUUGCGAAGGUGUGCAUGAAAAAGUCGCGGCCUGAUCAGAGAGUGAAUGCUGCUGAUAAUAUAAACAGUGACGACGACGAUACUGACCAGAUCUACACAGCUGAGAGCAUCGGUGCACUGCAUGGACGAGGAAAAAAGUGGUUUGCGACACUAAAACUAAACGGUGGAUUACAAAGGUGCCAGCUGGAUUCUGGGGCUACAUGCAACGUGAUGAGCAUUAAAGAUAAGAGAAAACUAGCACCCAAUAAACCACUGCUUCCUAGUAAGGCCAGGUUGGUACUAUACUCGGGGGAAACGCUGAACUCUGUUGGCAUCUUCAGAACUGAAUGUGUGGUACGAGGUAGGAGGCAUAUGCUGGACUUUGAGAUAGUCAGGGGUAACCAAAGGCCACUCCUGUCAGGCUCAACAAGUGUGGCGCUAGGUUUGCUGCAUUUCACCAUCCCAGAUGAACUGCACAAAAUAGACCAAAGAAGCGCAACACCUCUAACCAAGCAGCAACUUAUUGACUUGUAUGCAGAUGUUUUCACGGAUCCUGUCCAGUCGCUUCCAGGGGAAGUCCACUUUGAGCUGGACAGAUCAAUAGCCCCCACACAAGCUGCACCAAGAAAUGUCCCAGUGGCCCUUAGAAACGCUGUCAAGGCCCAGUUAGACAAACACGAGCGAGACGGACACAUAACCCCAGUGUCUGAACCAACUGAGUGGAUUAGCAACAUGGUGAUUGUUAGGCAGCCAGAGAAAUUGAGGAUUUGCAUUGACCCCAAGUCUCUCAAUACGGCUUUGAAGCGCUCCCACUACCACAUGCCCACUCUGGAAGACGUGUUGUACAAGCUCCCAAAAGCUCGAUUAUUCACACUUGUGGAUGCACGUGAUGCUUUCUUACAGUGCAAAUUGGACAGAGACAGCAGCUACAUGACGACGUUCUGGACGCCGUGGGGCAGAUACCGUUGGUUAAAGCUGCCAUUCGGAGUAUCUGUUGCACCAGAGGUCUACCAAAGAAAGCAGCAUGAACUUUUGUCAGGGCUCAGUGGCGUCGAACCAAUAGCAGACGACAUACUGAUUGUCGGUUGUGGGGACUCUGAUGCGGAGGCAGUGACAGACCACGACAAAAAGCUGCUUGCCUUGAUGGACAGAUGUAGCGAGAUCAAACUGAGGCUAGGUCUUAAGAAGCUGCAGUUCAAAGUCAAGGAGAGCAUGCUCCUCACACUGCAGAACUACAACCUCAAGUGGAGAAAUACACCUACAGACGACAUGGACUGCAGUCCAGCGCAGAGACUGAUGGCCCGUAGGCUGAAAAGUCCGCUCCCCGUCUCGGACAGUCUUUUGGAGCCACGCGUGGUUGCGGACGUGUCAGAGAAGCUCAGGGCCAAGCACCAAAAGGCCAAGCUUUGGAGACCGGACGGGAAGAUGGAGGAGAGGUGUCUGCCUCCAACAGGUGGGCCCUCGGUCGUACCUGGUGGAUGUUGA